UAUAUAUAUACACACACACAUACACGCAUACACAUGCAGAAGAGCCUUUUACAUAUCGGCCACGAACUCUCGCAUGUCUAAAGGUUUGUGUUCGGUAUAAAAGCAAAAGCAUCAUUGUUGGAAGGCUUUAGUAGAGACAUCAAAUAAACGCCGCGAGCAAUAACCACGUCAAACCAAUCAAAAAGCAAACGAGCACACGAGCAGCAGACGUGCUAAUAGACAGAGCAACCUUUCAUCUAGCCAUCGCAUACACAAUGCAAGGAUAUUCGAAAUCGAGAUUGUUACCCUCAGCACUGCUACUGCUUUUGUUGACAGGUGAAAUUAUCUGUGCAGUGCCGAACAAGAGCCAGAAGACUGCCGAUAACGACGGCUCGUACAGCGCCGAUACAAGCGGCGAUUAUGUAGCUGACAAUUCGGGACAAUAUGUGGAGGACAAUGCAGGUGCUUACCAACCGGCCGGGGACGAGGGAAAAUGGUUGGCUGAUGGCUUGGGUGUCUACCAUGAUGAUCUAAUGUGGCGUUAUGUGCGGGAUAAUAGCGGCGCAUGGACGCAAGACACUAGUGGCAAUUAUGAUCCGGCGCUAGAUGCACAAGGGGCCUACCAUCCCGACGCAGCCGGUGUAUAUCAAGCUGAUAACUCAGGCGCCUACUCGAAGGAAUACGAAAAAGUGUCUAGACGUUGAGCUGCUAGCAAUGUAUAACGGUAAAGAAGAGUCUUAGGUAGGGGAAAUUCUUUAAAACAAUUAUGGAUGAGCAAUAGCUGCCGUUAGAAUAAAAUAAAUAUAAA